AUGUUAGAAAACCUCAAUUAUCAAUCAGGUUAUAAACCUUCGUUUCCCCCCUCAAUAACCACUAAUGAAAUAGUUAAAACGCACUUAAAAAAAGGUCUCGGAAACACCAAUAGAACAUUAAACGCCUUUCUUAUUUAUAGAAUCGCGUAUAAUCGAGAAGCUUCAGAACAUAAUCUCGGAAAUAUUUCAAAGAGGGCAAGUUGUUCGUGGAAAAAUGAACCAGAUCAUGUGAAAAGUUUUUACAGGGAACUGGCAGAAGAUGUCAAGACCUGUUUUAGAAAGAAGGUGCCAAUUUGUUUUGUUAACCAUCAAAGUUUAUCGGCUGUUCCUCCUCAGAAUUCUCUUCCAACAAGUAUGGACACGUCAGUAAAUUCCUUUACGAAAAUUCUUAAAGAAAGUUUGGAAAUGACUGAGGAUACAUUUCCUAAACUUUUCCCUAUUGACGGUUCCUUUAUUAUUCAAGAAAGUAUGGUCAUGAUUGAUAAUAUAUUUCCUGAACUUCUUCCUACCGACAAUUCCUUUAUACCUCAAGAAAUUAUGGAUGUGACUGACUCCUUUAUGCCUCAAGAAGUUAUGGACGUAACAGAUGAUGCAUUCCCUAAACUUUUCCCUACUGACGAUUCCUUUAAUGAGACUCUCAAAGAAAUUACAAACAUGGAUGAUAAUGUAUUCUUAAAAUCCCUCCCCGACGACUUGGCGUUAACUUAUAAGGAGAUCAUUAAUUCUCUACCAAAUGAGUUAUAUUUACGAAAAUAA